CUGGAUAUAAUAAUCCAUUAAAUUAAAGCUCUAAAUACCCAAAGGUCAAUCUGACGCUAUAGUUCUUGCAACACUCUCCCUCGCUCUGACUGGUUCUCGGUUGAGAAAACAUGGGAAAGGACAAGCAUAAGCAUGACGAAAAGGGCCUCUUUUCACACCAUGGUCAUGGUCAUGGUCAUGGUCAUGGAGGAUACCCACCUGGUGCAUACCCUCCACCUCCUGGGGGGUAUCCACCCCCUGGAGGGUAUCCACCUGCUGGAGGGUACCCCCCUCAUGGUUAUCCACCUCAAGGCUACCCACCAGCUGGGUAUCCUCCUAGUGCAUACCCUCCAUCUGGUUAUCCAGGUGCAUCUCAUUCAGGGCAUGGUGGCGUUGGGGCGAUGAUUGCUGGUGGUGCAGCAGCUGCUGCAGCUGCUAUGGGAGCUCAUCAUGUGGGCCAUGGUGCUAUACAUCAUGGACAUCAUGGGAAGUUUAAGCAUCAUGGUGGAAAAUUUAAGCAUGGGAAGCACGGGAAAUUUAAGCAUGGGAAACAUGGAAAGCAUGGAUUUUUCGGUGGCAAGUUCAAGAAGUGGAAGUGAUUUACAAGUUGUGGACUGAAUCUAAUAAAAUUGAAUAAUUUGACCCCAAGAUCUCUAGUUAUGGUUUCUAUGAAUAAUUCAGACUUUUUUUGUUCGUUUGCCAUCUGGUUAUCUCCAAACAUUAUCGUCUUUGAGUUUGACAUUACAUCGAGUUCAUUGUUUGUUGGCUUUUACUACAUGCUUGUAAAUGAAACUACUGGAUCGCCCGAGUUUGGCAUCUAUCGCGGCCUGAAAGUGUCUUAUGUGGCUUUAAAUGCAAAAAUUCCUGCCUUGGGUUAGGGAAAGUGUUUUGUUCUUUGGUGCCGAGGCUUAUGUUUGCUCGUGUAAUCAAAGGAAAAUACAUUUUUUGGAUUGAGGAA